AUGGCGGAGCUGAACCAGCGCGAGAACGAUGUGCAGAUGCUGCUGGCCAGCCAGGCGCACCUAGGCACCAAGAACUGCACCGCGGCGAUGGAGCGCUACGUCUACCGCCGCCGCAACGACGGCAUCUUCGUCUUCAACCUGGCCAAGACCUGGGAGAAGCUGCAGCUGGCGGCGCGCAUCAUCGUGGCCAUUGAGAACCCGCAGGACAUUGUGGCCAUCUCGGCCCGCCCCUACGGCCAGCGCGCGGUGCUCAAGUUUGCGCACUACUCUGGCGCCAAGGCCACCGUGGGCCGCCACACCCCCGGCGCCUUCACCAACCAGAUCCAGAAGGGGUUUGAGGAGCCUCGCCUGCUGAUUGUGACCGACCCCCGCACCGACCACCAGUCGAUCAAGGAGGCGGCCUACAUGAACAUCCCCGUCAUCGCCUUCUGCGACACCGACUCCGACCUGCANGGCGUGGACGUGGCCAUCCCCGCCAACAACAAGGGCAAGCACUCCAUCGGCGUGCUCUACUACCUGCUCACCCGCAUGGUGCUGAUGAUGCGGGGCAGCGUGAGCGCGUCCCAGCCCUGGGACACCAUGGUGGACAUGUUCUUCUACCGGGAGCCCGAGGAGGCCAAGGAGGCAGAGGAGGGCGGCGAGCAGCCCGCCGCCGCCGAGUACGCCGCCGACUUUGCCGCCCAGCCGCUGCCGGGCGCAGAGGAGGGCUACGAUGCCUACGGCUACAACCCGUCUGGCGGCUUUGAGACCGCCGCCGGCUUUGACGCCGCCGCCGGCUUCGAGGCGGCGCCCGCCCCCGCUGCCGACGCCGCCGCCUUUGCCGCCGCGCCCGCCCCGGCCCCAGAGUUUGGCGCCGCCGGCUACUGA